AUGAAUUGCCAGAAACCCUCAUCUACUGCCGUCUUUAUGGACGCCUCACAACCUUCUCUUCAAACACCUUCUUGCCGUCGUCGCAGUGCUGUACCCCUACGUCCCAAGGGACAGAAGAAUGUAGACCAGCAUCAGGUGAAGGAAGCGCUGUCAGCUUCGAGCUACUAUUUUUUUGAUGUCAUCAUUCGUGCAAUGAGACUCUUACGCAUACCAUUAUCUGUACUACUCUUCCUCUGGAUGCUGGCAUUUACCAUGAUGCGCAUUUCUAGUACGCUACACACGGCAUUUUCCCCAAUGUGCUUCCUUCCUUUGGUAUCAAGGUCGGUGUUGUGCACCCAGUUGAAAGCAGACUUCCCCCACCUUAUGCAAUACCAAAGCUUGAUGUUCGAGCAAAUUUUGGAUGGAUCGGCUGGAGGAUCUGGACUUUCCCUCGAAAUACGGAAGGCAGAAUUUGCAACAGCUGAUCUUGCAACACUGGUCCGCAACAGCAACCUCCUCAAGUCUAACGAUGCGCUGGCUGAUCUCCUGGCAACAUUUGUCAGAGAUGCCAAGAUGACCGCGAGGAGUCUCACCAAACUCAGUUCAAAAGUUGCCAGCGCAGUUGAUAACAUCAUGGCAGUAAAUCAUUAUGCAAUGCGCACCGUAGAGGAUGCAGACAAGAACGCGGCAUCACCGUAUUCGAUCACAGCUUUGGCUCCAUUUCGCACUGCACCCACCAUGCAAGACGUUAUAAUGGAUGCAUUUUCCAGUGCCAUGGAAGCCUUCUCGAGAGCCAUACAGCGGCUAAUUCUGGAAGCCGAGAUAUAUCUGUCUGCCAUACGGGAAGCUGUGAUACGAGAGGAUGCAUUUAUUACGGCUGAGAAGUCUCUCCUCCUCGAGGCGCUAUGGACCAAGUUGGGUGGAAACCGACGCACGCUCAGAGGUUACGAGCAGCACGCAAAUUUGCUCAUGGAUGUCAAUGACUAUCGCAAGCAAGCACAGGUCCACAUCAUGGCUGUGCUCCAGAUUCUAUAUUUGAUGAGUGAGGAUAUGGAAGAUUUACGGGAGAGGGCAGCAGCCCCUGAACUGGUUGAUGAGCGGAUUCCAAUCCAAGUGCAUAUUCAGAGUAUUCAGAGUGGACUCCAGCGGCUGCAGGAAGGCCGAGUGAGGGCAAAAGAGAAGGAGGAAGAUGUAAUGAGGAAAGCAUUGGGGUUUGCAGCCGAUUAUAGCUUCUAG